AUGCUACGAGACGGCGCGACUGGCUACUCAAACCGACUGAUGCAUGCUUACAAACAGAAGGACCGCAUUCUAGCUACAGCCGAAGGGCGCGAGGAGGAGCUGCAUGCUUACAGCCAGUCUUCUGGCAAGUGGCGCUUCUACCGCACGCUGUGCCAAGUGCGCUUUGGUUACCUUUCGUUUCUGGUGGUUAUGAUGGUGCUCAUGUUCUCGUUCACGCUGCUGAUGGAGUUUUAUUUGGCCAUUUUCCUACCCAGUGCUAAAUAUGACGAGUACUAUACAGUGCGAGCCGUGGUCUCUUUGAUUCUGCUACCAGUGUCGGACGGAUCGCUUCCGAACUUCCGACUGGCGUUGGCUGUCGUGAUUCACUAUCUACGUCAUCGAACGGAGCUUUUGCGGAGAAGUCGGACGAGUAUAAUUCCUGGUGGACUUCUAAAGGCGAGAGGGUCAUUACUGCUUACUGCAAAGAAUGAUCCAUUCUUGGAUGACGAUAAAGAGGAAGAGGACGAGGCUUGGGACCGAUGGAAACGUAUCCAGGCAGCUGUGAAAACCACUUUGCUCAUCAAGAAGGUGCAAGACGAAGGUCCAGCAAUCGAUCUGUCGACUUUUCUCGUUGUGGACUUUGUGUGUCCUGUGUUUUUCGAGAUAUUUACGGCAGCUUCAAUGGUUAUCAAAUGGGUUUCUGGUGUGUUGGAGGGUAUUUAA